AUCACCUGUCACAGAAUGUGACUCAGCAGAGUGCAGGGACACAAUGCACAAUUAUGAGCGCGAGCUGGUAAAGGUGCAGGCAGAGAGGGAUGAACUGCUUGGACAAGUCAAAGUGCUCCGCAAGACGCUGCAAAAGCAGCUGCGCAGCCGCACCUCCACUACAGUGGAGAACCAGGAGGACGAAUGUGUGGAGGAGGCAGGCCCGUCCUCGGCCAUGGCGGAGCAGGCAGGCCCAUCCACUUUCAGCCCGUGGAGUUCAGGCAGCGGCAGGGGGAACCUAAUGAGGCGGAUAACCCUCCCAGCAUCGAUGGAGGAAUACCUCCAGACCUACAGGGCCCACCACGAGGGCCUUGACCCCAUGACAAAAAUGAAAGAGAAUGCCGUAUCUAAGAUGGGCCCGAAGCGUCGUGGUGGGAGGAAUGAAAGUCACAACUGCCAAAAUGUACCUACAGAAUGCUUAAAAUUUUGUGAAGUUCAGGGUCGGAAUCCCAACCAAGACCUGCCGCCUCACCCGCAUGCACUUCUCAUCAAUAGAGGGGGAACUGAAGAUGGGGCUUAAGUCAAUUCAGUGCAAGGUGGUCAUCAGAUGACCACCAAGCGGCUGAAGAUUACCAAGUUGCCGUCCAGGGAGGAGCUGCAGAAGUGCCUCUCUAAGGCUGCCAUCGCCAUCCCGCAGCUAUUGGACGAACUGGAGGAGGACUUUACCAAUCAAAAACGGUUCCUAUUUUAUGGGUACCAAUGUGCUUAUUGGAGCUGUUUGUUCGGGCAAAGGCCGGGGGUCUUUGCCAAUAUGACUGACAAAGAAGUGGAGGAGGCAAAGACCCUCAGCCAGGAUCGGGGGUACCUGCUUCACGUAAGUACUAUUUCUGACACUAUUAGCUUUGAAGGUUAGCCCUGAUGUCUACUGUGGUGCGUCUACAUGACCCAGUCUGCCUGCACUCUCUCCCUUUUCUACGUGUCUGUGCCAUAACAGAUAAAGGAGCAUAAGACAAACAAAACAUUUGGGGAGGCCCAACUGUUUUUGAAAAGAGAGGAGUUUGCGUGGCUGGAGAGGUGGCUAGCAAUUAAGAAAAGGGUCCCUUCGAAGGAGUCAAACCAGUUUGUCCUCUUCACCAAGCGCAAGGGUCCAUCGAAAAAUCUUAACAAUAAUCUCCAGUCCGUCUGGAAGGACAUGGGGAUGGUUGGGCUCAUUAACUUUAUGAUCAUUCGCUCUGGCUACUUGCGCCAAAAAGUCACAAGACCUAAAGGCCCGGAAGAAGGUGGCAGAUUUUAUGUGUCACGACACAAAAACUGCGGAUCGAUUCUAUGUGGCCAACCCUGACCACACUGAGGCAGAGGAGGUCAGGGCCCUGGUGAGCCAGAGUCUCCAACAGGGCACCACAGGAGAGAAAGACCAGCAGCAGGAGCAGGAGAAGGAAGAUGAGGAGGAGGAGAUGGAAGGCGGCGGCAGCAGCAGCAGCAGCACCACAACAACCGAAGAUGAAAAUACAGCCCACUCAUCUUCCUCAGCUGAACCACAGCCACAGGAUGAGAUGGAGGGCACCCUGAACUAAAAAAGGAGGCAGUCGAUUGGGGAGUGCAGAGUAAUCAUAAGUCCAUUUAAGUUGCUCCCAGACAAAAAGAAGACAAAGGCAAAAGAUUAGGGUGAGGAGGCUUAGAUUUCCCCAAAAAAAAUAUUGUUAGGGAUUUUUUUUAGGAUUGU